AUGCAUAUAUCGAAGGAGGUCAUUGAGGACAUUGCUCGGGCGAAAUAUCGCAUCGUCUUCAUGACGCCCGAAAUGAUCUUCACUAGCGAGCGCUUCAAACGGCUCUGGAGCACGGAAAGCUGGAGGAGGAACUUGAUGGCGAUCGUGCUAGAUGAAGCCCACUGCGUCGAGACUUGGGGUACAACAUUUCGGAGGACCUACGGCGAGAUUGGAACGUUACGGAGCAAACUCCCUCCCUCAGUGCCAUUUAUUUCUUUAUCAGCUACCUUGCCUCUCCAUGUCCUCGGUUUCGUCAAAAGCUCGCUUCACUAUGCUGCCGAUGUCCCGGUCUUCAAUGUUGGGAACGAUCGCCCCAAUAUC